AUGGAGUAUGAACGUAGGCCGCUCCAUAUGGUAGACAUGUUUUUCUUCCCAAUCAUGGUGGAUGGUAUGUAUCAUGCCGUUACUAUUGAUACAAAGAGGGAGAGAAUCUUCGUUUUGGAUAGUAUGCUUGAUGUGGGCACAGCUGAUGAAAUUCAAAAGUAUGAUGAUUUGUGCAGCAUGCUUCGUCGUCUUUUAGCUGAUUACUUAUCAUAUGAGCGUGAAGAACAAAAGGCAAAGAUAGUAUCCAAAACAAAAAUUCAUCUGCUUAGGUUGAAAUGGGCAGAUAGAAUGAACAAGGAGGACACGGGAGUUUAUAUGAUGCGUCACUUGGAGACUUUCAUGGGUGAUUGUUCGGCAUCUUGGAAGUGUAUGUCAGCUUUGUCGCGAACACGUCAACUUCGAGUGAUGAGGGUGCGAUAUUGUGCAACACUAAUCGCUUGGGAAAGAAAUGAGAUUGGGGGAAUGUUAGGACUUACAGCAGCUGAUCAUUAUAAAGAGAUUUGCAAGGAUGAAAACUUGAACAUCAACUUGACGUUAAUUGGUUCGUAA